AUGAUUCAGACGCGCGGCCGCCCGGUCACUGGCAGCGAAAUCGCCGAGAAGUUUGGCGUAUCGCUCAUUGAGUUUAACCGGGUCGCCAACGGCAUCACCCGCGGCACCGGACAGAUAGCGCAGAUCGUUGAGUCGGAAAAAUGGAUCAACGAGGACGGCAUCUGCGACCGGACAUUCGACCUGGUUACGAAGCCAAAGGUCAUUACGCCGCAGGGUAAAUCUCGGCUGUUCACCCGGCGCGCCAUAGAGCAGUCGCAGGAAGGCAGGCGGCAGGAGUGCAUUGAACGUGCAGCACGCCGUCGCCGCCUGAUUGCUCAGGGCCUCUAUAUCGACGAAAUGGAGUCCAUCCUAUGA